CGUCCCGGGUCCCGCGUGAUCCGUGCUUGGGUGUGGUUAGUGCUCAGUCCAGCGGCAUCACGGGGUUCAGCGUUCAGAUGUCUUCUAAGCCCAACUUCUGAAGUCGCGGAGCGAACUCCGCACCCAGCGCCUCCCGCAUCUUGCAUUCUUGGCUUCCUGAGACCCGAAUGGAACCACGUGGAAACCUCAUCAUGUCUUUGAUGGCUUCACAACCCGAAGGUCCGAAGAAGCCAGACGGGCACCACCCUCAGGCUUUGAGCAUCUAUCUAGGUGGCUGCCGCUACUUUGUACGCUGAGAGCAAAGGUAUGAGAGAUGAGUGUGGGGCGUCGAAGAGUCAAGUUGCUGGGCGUCCUGAUGAUGGCAAAUGUCUUCAUUUACCUGAUUGUGGAAGUCUCCAAAAACAGUAGCCAAGAAAAAAAUGGAAAAGGAGGAGUAAUAAUCCCGAAAGAGAAGUUCUGGAAGCUACCCAGCCCUCCCCGGGCAUACUGGAACAGGGAACAGGAGAAGCUGAACAGGUGGUACAACCCCAUCUUGAACAGGGUGGCCAAUCAGACAGGAGAUAUAUACACAUCUCCAAACACAAGUCACCUGAGCUAUUGUGAGCCAGACUCGACGGUCAUGACAGCUGUGACAGAUUUUAAUAAUCUACCGGACAGAUUUAAAGACUUUCUCUUGUAUUUGAGAUGCCGAAAUUACUCGCUGCUUAUAGAUCAACCGAAGAAAUGUGCAAAGAAGCCCUUCUUACUGUUGGCAAUAAAGUCCCUCAUUCCACAUUUUGCCAGAAGGCAAGCAAUUCGGGAGUCUUGGGGCCAAGAAACCAACGUAGGGAACCAGACAGUAGUGAGGGUCUUCCUGUUGGGCAAGACACCCCCAGAAGACAACCACCCUGACCUUUCGGACAUGCUUAAGUUCGAGAGCGACAAGCACCAGGACAUCCUCAUGUGGAACUAUAGAGACACGUUCUUCAACCUGUCCCUGAAGGAAGUGCUGUUUCUCAGGUGGGUGAGCACUUCUUGUCCAGACGCAGAGUUUGUCUUCAAGGGCGAUGAUGACGUGUUUGUGAACACCCAUCACAUCCUUAAUUACUUGAAUAGCUUAUCCAAGAGCAAAGCCAAAGACUUGUUCAUAGGUGACGUGAUCCACAAUGCUGGGCCUCAUCGGGAUAAGAAACUGAAGUACUACAUCCCAGAAGUCUUCUACACCGGGGUCUACCCACCGUAUGCGGGGGGCGGUGGAUUCCUGUACUCCGGCCCCCUGGCCUUGAGGCUGUACAAUGUAACUAACCGGGUCCAUCUCUACCCUAUUGAUGAUGUUUAUACUGGAAUGUGCCUUCAGAAACUGGGCCUUGUUCCAGAGAAACACAAAGGCUUCAGGACAUUUGAUAUUGAAGAGAAAAAUAAGAAAAAUAUUUGUUCCUAUAUAGACCUAAUGUUAGUACAUAGCAGAAAACCUCAAGAGAUGAUUGAUAUCUGGUCUCAGUUGCAAAGUCCUAAUUUAAAAUGCUGACAUAGACAUGAGCUACAUUUCACAGAAAGGCCUAGCCUGACUAGUUCCCAUGGUGUGCUCUCACAGUAGGUGAGUUCUGUGUGAGGCUGUUAGCCCCUGGGCUCCCAAGCCCUCAGUCCCUCCCUCGCCUUGUGAAGAGGGAAGGCUGACUGACGACUAGUCAGCACGGCAGGGUGAGUGGUUAUGACCCUUCCUCUGGCUGCUGGUCCUCAGUUUCUAAUUUGUUUUCCUUCUCCUCCAGGAUUUGACCAUGAAGAUUUUUGUUGUUGUACUUGUAUGUGGUAUAUUUCUGUUCCACACUAAUGAUGUAUGUAUGUAUGUAUGUAUGUAUAUGUGUGUGUGUGUGUGUGUGUGUAUAUAUAUAUAUAUAUAUAUAUAUAUGCAUAUGCAGGACACAACCUGGUGGUUUUGUGAAAUGGAGUUCUAUGUAUUUUCAUAAGAUUUUGAAAGUUGUCUAGAAAGUGGACGGAUGUCAACCUUCCCUGUCACCCAGCAGUAUUGUCCUGUUACUAGAGACCGUUACUCCCUUUCUGCGAGGAAAGCCACGCAGUGCGUGGAGAUCGCCUUGUCAGGGCUUAUGGCCGUGAAGACACAGGGGAUUUCUUUUACUUGUGUUUGGUUUCCUGGGUGGCAUCGUGGUAGUUAACCUAAUUUUAGUAUUUUGAAGAUCAUGUGUGUGAUUCCCUAAUGGCCAAUUGAAGACUGAGUAACCCGACAGCCAUGUGAGUCUGUGAGUGUUCAGCCUGAGGCUGGGAAGCAUUCGCGACUUCCGGACUUUGAACGUGAUUAGUCAGUUUAAAACUCCAAGAUUCUAUUCUUGCCAUAUUAUCACAUAUUCCUUAGAUAAAAUUCUCUUGGGUAGUGACAAUUCCCUGUCUCGGUGUAGAAGUGCCUGUGCUUUUAUUUAUUGUUCAGAUCAAACACCAAAACAUUUUCUUAAAAAAUAUUUUGUGUAAUAUUUUAUUUGUAUACAGUGUUUGUGAAAUAUUUAACUAGAGCAUGAUAUUUUAUUUUUUCUCAUUUUUUAAUUCUUUGAGAAUUUCAUACAUUGUGUUUUGAUUGUAUUCACCUCCCCAUCUCCUUCCAGAUCCUGACCCUAGCAUGAUGUUUUAAAUGUUAAGCUGUAACAUGUUAGAUAAAGUUAACUCUUAAUUUUGAAUUUUAAAAUUUGAAUUGGGGGGGGUAUGAACUGCUAGAGAAAAUAAAGUUCUGCCAAAAUAUUGCAUAUACUAAUAUCUUGUAACAUGCUUUCUUGAAAUAUUUUUGUGCUUUAGAGGGUUCUCAUCUGUGCUACAGGGGACUGGGAAAAAGUGGAAAUAAAGUGAUUGUAUUUUUUAAUCA